CGGCACCCCAAAGGGCAGCACCUCUGCAGCGCUGUGUGGACGUGGGCAGAAGGAAACGGCCCGGCAGGAUGGUCCUCGGGGUGCAGGGCGGCGUGCCCAGUGACCUGACCCCGGAGGAGUGCCAGGAGCUGGAAAACAUCCGCCGCCGCAAGCAGGAGCUGCUGGCUGACAUUCAGCGGCUGAAAGAUGAGAUCGCAGAAGUGACGAAUGAGAUCGAGAACCUGGGCUCCACAGAGGAGAGGAAAAACAUGCAGAGAAACAAGCAGGUGGCAAUGGGCAGGAAGAAGUUCAACAUGGAUCCCAAGAAGGGCAUCCAGUUCCUGAUUGAGAACGACUUGCUGAAGAACACGUGUGAGGAUAUCGCUCAGUUCCUCUACAAGGGAGAGGGCCUCAACAAGACAGCCAUUGGGGACUACCUGGGUGAGAGGGAUGAGUUCAACAUCCAAGUCCUGCAUGCCUUCGUGGAGCUGCACGAGUUCACGGACCUCAACCUCGUCCAGGCACUGCGGCAGUUCCUGUGGAGCUUUCGGCUGCCAGGAGAGGCACAGAAGAUCGAUCGGAUGAUGGAGGCCUUUGCACAGCGGUACUGCCAGUGCAACCCCGGCGUCUUCCAGUCCACAGACACCUGCUAUGUGCUCUCCUUUGCUAUCAUCAUGCUGAAUACCAGCCUGCACAACCCCAACGUCAAGGACAAACCCACAGCAGAGCGCUUUAUUGCCAUGAACCGUGGCAUCAACGAUGGGGGGGACCUCCCUGAGGAGCUGCUGCGGAAUCUCUAUGAGAGCAUCAAGAAUGAACCCUUCAAAAUCCCAGAGGAUGAUGGCAAUGACCUCACCCACACCUUCUUCAACCCCGACCGGGAGGGCUGGCUGCUGAAGCUGGGAGGAGGAAGGGUGAAGACGUGGAAGCGGCGCUGGUUCAUCCUGACAGACAACUGCCUUUACUACUUUGAAUACACGACGGAUAAAGAGCCACGUGGCAUCAUCCCCCUGGAGAACCUGAGCAUCCGUGAGGUGGAGGACUCCAAGAAACCCAACUGCUUUGAGCUCUACAUCCCAGACAACAAGGACCAGGUAAUCAAGGCGUGCAAGACGGAGGCGGACGGGCGGGUGGUGGAGGGCAACCACACCGUGUACCGCAUCUCAGCCCCCACGCCUGAGGAGAAGGAGGAGUGGAUCAAGUGCAUCAAGGCAGCCAUCAGCCGGGACCCAUUCUACGAGAUGCUGGCUGCCAGGAAGAAGAAGGUGUCCUCCACCAAGAGGCAUUAGCAGCCUGGCGAGGCCGCCGGGCCCCAGGCAGCACCGUACCUCCCAUCCCCAGGGCUGCGGGGCUGGGGCUCAGCACGGCCGUGGGGCCAGGACCCAGCUUCAGCUUUGCAGUUUCUUUACCGUGGGGGGAGGGAAAGAGCAAGGGCGUCUCGGUGCCAUUGCCACCUCACUUCCAGACAGCUCCAGGCUGCAGCUGGGAUUCCCCUGCGCACAGUCCUGGGGUUGGCUGUGGGAUGGGAAGUGCCGCCUGUGCACAUCGCUCUCCCUUCCCACCUUGGCAGCCCAAUGCUUGUCCAGCAUUCCCCCGCUGAGCUCCCCCUGAGCAGCUUCCAGCCCUGGGCAGCAUUGAGCUGCAGCCAAUGGGCAGAAUGAGAGCCAGAUCAAGGGGAAUCCAGGGACCCCAUGUUGGGGACAUGCUUCUGGGUCCCAGCACUCGUGUCCUGAAGCACUUGAGGUGUCCCAUCCUGGAGAAGAAGGCUGGUGGCUGUGGGGUGCUGGAGGCAUGGGGCAGCCCUGGGGCAGUGGCAGCACUCUUGGCCCUCGUUGUAGCGGGCUUGGGGUGCCCUCCCCAGCCAUGAGGUGCCAGAGCUGGGUGAGGCUGCAGUCUGAUGGCACCGGGCUGGUGCUGCCUUGCCACAUCCUGCAGCCAUGAGCCCCUUGGUGCCGGGUUGGGACGGCCAUCGUGAGCCCCCCCCCCGUUCCCAGGCAGGACUGCACCAAGGAUGGCUGCAAUCAGGAUGUGGCCCCACGAGCACCACGGCCGUCCCAUUCCCCAGCCACACGCACAGGUCCGGAGAGGCACCUGGAUCAGUAUUAGUCUAUUUAUCAGAGGUGUAAAUAUUCCUGUAUAGUUUUCUCCUUUUAGAUUAUUUUGUAUGUUGGGGUUCUGUGCAGAGGUCUCUCUGGAGGGCGCGGUGUGGCAGGAUUUUAUAUUCUUUUUUUUUUUUCCUUUUUUUUUUUUCUUUUUUUUUUUUUUGCCACGGCUUUGUAAACUGCUGAGGAUCUGCAGCCAAUAAACACCGAACUGCGCUCAA